AUGGGAGCCUCAAUAAACACACAAAAUGCUUGUGGACAGACCUCAUUGUCUCUGGCAACCUACCUGGGAUGGCUGGAAGGGUGUGUUUGCUUACUGAGAAAUGGAGCAAAGCAGAAUAUACCAGAUAAAAAUGGAAGACUGCCUCUGCAUGCUGCUACAGCCGAGCCAGAUGUCAGGUUAAUGGCUGUACUGCUGCAGCAGUCUACACAGUGUGAAAUAAACUACCAGGACAAUGAGGGCAUGACACCAAUUCAUUGGUCUGCUUUUCACAACCGGCCACAGCAUGUGCAGGCAUUACUCCAAAAGGGAGCUGAUCCUACUCUGGUUGACAAGGACUUUAAGACAACCCUCCACUGGGCCGUGCAGAGUGGAAACAGGAAUAUGUGCUCCCUGAUCCUUGCCCAUCACCUUGGCUCCUCUAUAAUAAAUUACGAUGAUGAAAAUGGAAAGACCUGCAUGCACAUCGCUGCAGCCGCAGGGUACAGUGACAUUAUCUACGAGCUGGCAAGAAUUCCAGAAACCAACCUCCAGGCCCUUGACAUCGAUGACAGGACUCCACUCCACUGGGCUGCUGCAGCAGGGAAGGCUGACUGUGUAGAAGCACUUGUACAGCUGGGAGUGGAACAGAGCCCCAGAGACAUCAAUGAAAACACUCCACUGACAUAUGCAAUGUACUGUGGGCACACAGCAUGCAUAAAAGUGCUCUCCCCGGAAAACAGGACAAAACGCACACCAACUCCAAAUGGACAGAUUAAAAGCGAAAGAGACUCGAAACAGCUUAGCUCCCAUACCUGAUCACUGCACACAUAGGUCCACCUUACCACCUGAGCAAGUAUCUCAGUGCAUGAAGAAAUCUAAAUAUCUGCCUUUGAAUUCACUGUGUACUGGAACAGCCGCUCUGCUCCCUGCAUUUACUUCAAAAUCUCAGAGAGACGGGAUCCCACAGACCCAAUCACUGUGCUCUUUCCUGCCAGUCAUAUCAGGGGACUCUCUGAGAACCAAUCGUGCUCUUCCUGCCAUCCCCUCCCUGAAGAAACUCUCCCCACUGCCACCCUCACCACCAGAAGCAGAGGACCUUUCAUCCUGCAAGUGACUCAGACAGCAGCAUCUUCAUAGCAUAGUCAUAUCUGAGAGUCUUCAAAGUGGUAACUUUGAAGUGUCUGUUUUAAAUCAGUCAUCACCCUGGGCACACCCCUUGUAAAAGUGUACCAUGGUGUUUUUGCAUGGUUAUACUAUGCAUUUACCAUAGUUUCAUUUGCCAUAAUUUUAAAUAUGC